CGAACUCUGGAGAAGCAGCUAGAAGUGAGUGAAAGGCUUUAAAUAGCUGUGAGGCUGAGACUGAGGCAGUCAGAGACAAACAGACCUUCAGAGGACUUCAGGAGAGCUCCACAAGAGGAGAAGCACCUAGAAGCUUUUCUGCAGAGGAAGCACUGAACUACAGACUGAAAGAAAACUGAGCCAAGAUGUCUAAAAACACAGCCAUCGGCAUCGACCUGGGCACCACAUACUCCUGUGUGGGGGUGUUCCAGCAUGGAAAAGUAGAAAUCAUUGCCAAUGACCAGGGCAAAAGGACCACCCCCAGCUAUGUGGCCUUCACUGACACUGAGAGGCUGAUCGGGGACGCGGCCAAGAACCAGGUGGCUCUGAACCCAAGCAACACAGUGUUUGACGCCAAGAGGCUGAUUGGAAGAAAGUUUGACGAUGCGGUGGUCCAGGCUGAUAUGAAGCACUGGCCCUUUAAGGUGUUUUCAGAAGGAGGAAGGCCCAAAAUCCAAGUGGAGUACAAAGGGGAGAACAAAGCAUUCUUUCCAGAGGAGAUCUCCUCCAUGGUCCUGGUGAAGAUGAAGGAGAUUGCAGAAGCCUACCUUGGCCACAAGGUGUCCAAUGCCGUCAUCACGGUUCCCGCCUACUUCAACGACUCCCAGCGACAGGCCACUAAAGACGCAGGCGUCAUUGCGGGACUCAACGUCCUGAGAAUCAUCAACGAGCCCACGGCGGCCGCCAUCGCGUACGGUCUGGAUAAAGGCAAGUCAGGAGAGAGAAACGUCCUGAUCUUCGACCUGGGCGGAGGCACCUUCGACGUGUCCAUCCUCACCAUCGAGGACGGCAUCUUUGAGGUGAAGGCCACGGCCGGAGACACCCACCUGGGAGGAGAGGACUUUGACAACCGCAUGGUCAACCACUUUGUGGAGGAGUUCAAGAGGAAACACAAGAAGGACAUCAGCCAGAACAAGAGAGCCUUGAGGAGGCUGCGCACAGCUUGUGAGAGAGCCAAGAGGACGCUGUCCUCCAGCUCCCAGGCCAGCAUCGAGAUCGACUCUCUGUUUGAGGGCAUUGACUUCUACACCUCCAUCACCAGAGCUCGCUUUGAGGAGCUGUGCUCCGACCUGUUCAGGGGAACCUUGGAGCCCGUGGAGAAAGCUCUGAGGGACGCCAAGAUGGACAAGGGCCAGAUCCACGAUGUGGUUCUGGUUGGAGGCUCCACCCGAAUCCCCAAGAUCCAGAAACUGCUGCAGGACUUUUUCAACGGCCGAGAGCUGAACAAGAGCAUCAACCCGGACGAGGCGGUGGCUUACGGCGCCGCCGUCCAGGCUGCCAUCCUGAUGGGAGACACUUCUGGGAACGUUCAGGACCUGCUGCUGCUGGACGUGGCUCCUCUGUCCCUGGGGAUCGAGACGGCUGGAGGAGUGAUGACGGCCCUGAUCAAACGGAACACCACCAUCCCCACCAAACAGACUCAAGUGUUCAGCACCUACUCUGACAACCAGCCCGGGGUCCUGAUCCAGGUCUACGAAGGGGAGAGAGCCAUGACCAAGGACAACAACCUGCUGGGAAGGUUUGAGCUGACGGGAAUCCCACCCGCUCCAAGAGGCGUUCCGCAGAUCGAAGUGACCUUUGACAUCGACGCCAACGGCAUUCUGAACGUGUCUGCGGUGGACAAGAGCACUGGCAAAGAGAACAAGAUCACCAUCACCAACGAUAAGGGCCGACUGAGCAAAGAGGAGAUCGAGAGGAUGGUGCAGGACGCUGAAAAGUACAAAGCUGAGGAUGAGCUGCAGAAAGACAAAAUAGCUGCCAAGAACUCCUUGGAGUCCUACGCUUUCAGCAUGAAGAGCAGCGUGGAGGACGAGAGCUUGAAGGGCAAAAUCAGCGAGGAGGACAAGAAGAAGGUGAUAGACAAGUGUAAAGAGACCAUCAGCUGGCUGGAGAACAACCAGCUGGCCGACAAAGACGAGUACCAACACCAGCAGAGAGAGCUGGAGAAGGUCUGCAACCCCAUCAUCAGCAAGCUGUAUCAGGGAGGGAUGCCCACUGGUACCUGUAGACAGGAGGCAGGAGCCCACAACCAGGGGCCCACUAUUGAAGAGGUGGACUGAAGGGGCCCUUCAUGUGGACUCAUCUCCUGGACCGUUUACAGGUUCUAUUCAGACUAAACACUUGGUUGUUUCCAUGUCCCCCUUGUAAAUAUCUCAGCUCUGUUUAAGGUUGCCUACCUACAUUUUUUUUUUUUUUUUACAACUAAUACCACUCAUGGAAAGAAUGGUGCAACCUUUUUAUCGUUGAAGUAUUUUGAUGUUUCUAAAUAUUUGACAUCUGAAUGUUUUCAUCUGUAAAAUGCUGGACAUUAAUAAAGAUGAAAAAAGAAAA